AUGAUGGCUGCAAAUGCUGCCCAUGCUGCUCUCAUUCUUCUAUUCAGUUCUUCCUCCAAGUCGUUGUCCAUGUUCAUAGAACGUCCGAGCCCUAUUCUCUUCCCUGCUUUGUUCAAUUCGUGGAGCAUUGUUUUUGCUUCAUUGGUACUACUCGAAAAGAGAACGAUGUCGUCCGUGAAGCGAAAGUUCGAGAGAAAUCUUCCUUCAACAUUGAACAGCUUCGGCGAUAUAGUAUCGCCUUGUCGUACCCCCUUUCCAAUGGGCUGUGCCAGAUUUUAUGCUCUUGAUAGCGACUCGUACUUCCGAAGUAUCCGUGGUGGAGCUCCACCAGUGGAGAUGAUCAGGCUUGAUAUAGGGGUUGAUGAACGGAAAAGCGCAGAGGGCGAAGACGAAGAGUGGUCAGACGAGGUGACAGGAUUUCGUGAGAAUCGACAAGAUGUACGACAGAUGGGUACACAACAAAACCAGCACCGCCUACAUUUCGCGACGGAACCUUCUCUCCACGAAAGACGAGUAUACCGAGUAUACCGUCAUUCACCUGUCGCUCCUUCUGCACUUGGACUCCUGCAGAGCAAUCACGUGAAAUUUGAUACGCUCUGCAGCUCCGAAAAAGGCAUGCAUAUCAGCGUCUGUGAACACUGUUCUCGCGUUGCAAGUACACAGUUUGAGACCGUCUCCAUGGCGAGUCGUGCGUGUGUCGCCUUGGUCCAGAAUCAAAGACGUCCUGAGCAACCUGAGAUUUGA